AUGUCAGCUCCCAUUCCUCGUCGUCGAAUCAUCGUUUCGAACCUGCCGCUCGCCUUAGAGGGGCACGCGGAAAACACAGAACCAGCGGUUGAGGUUCUUUCGGAACCAUUGGAGACGGAAGAAAUGUUCGACGGGAUGAUUCAAAGGACUCCUGUGGGCACUGUUCCAUCAGUGCCGACCAACUUCGAGGGAACUGGACUCCCCAAGAUUGAAAUUGUACCUGGGAGCGGCAUCGUUCUUCCCGGAGGUAUCAACGUCUACUUCCUAGACCUUGCUCCAGGUUGCGACACCCCCAUGCACCGUACUCCAUCGGUUGACUACAUUGCCAUUAUUAGCGGAACUCCAACACUCCUUACACCUAAGAGGGCUUUUAAGGUGGAGGACGGCAAGGGGACUUGGGAUGAAGUUGUCGAGACUGUUCUUGGACCUGGAGAUGUCGCGGUCCAGCGUGGCGCCAUGCAUGCGUGGACUAAUCGUUCUGAUGCUUGGGUUCGCAUGGUUGGAAUCAUUGUCGAUGCCAAGCCAUCCAAGGUCAAGGUUGGGGAGAACUUCCAGGAGCUUGGUGAGAAAUGGUAUCUCGGCAUUGAUUUUGGCAGCACAAGCACGCGCGCAUUCCUGUACAGCCCUACCCAGUCACCAGAGAAGCAGCGCAAUGUGGUCGAGAAUUAUGAUGGACGGUCUUUGAGGACUGCUCACCGUUUUGAGCGCGGCGACUUCUCAUCUAUGGGUUAUCCGUUCGAACCGGGUCUGCCUGUUUACCAGGGUGAAUCCCUUGACCUGCAUCGCCAAGCCGUAUCUCUCAAAUACGCCAUCUACGCGUUGACUCGCCAUAACGACGACCUUUACUCCCAGUAUUCUUUGGUACAGCCAAUCUGGAACGCGUCAGGCGACGAGGAGUUUAAGGAAAGGCUACGUGAAGGCCUAACGGACCUCUUCAUCGCAGUCAAAGAAAAGGUUGACAAGUUAUGCAAAUCUAAGGAUCUAAAUAUCAAGAGGAUUGCGAUCACCGUCCCCGCCCAAUGGACCGGCACAGGACAGUGUUUAGCGGAAGAGUACGAGUCUAUUGUUUCCCGUGUCUUCGACGCGCCCGGGAGAGAGAUCGUCUUCGUCACUGAGACCGAAGCAUUGGCCCAUUAUCUCCUGAGGGACGAAAAGAACUUGGUCUCAACAGGCGAACCACGUUUUACCCUCCUCUUCAUGGACUUUGGUGGUCACAACAUGAACGGAUCCAUUUUCAACGAAGUCAACGGGCCGAGGGAGGCCAACGGGGAGGAAGGGUCGUCGAGCUUUUACGGAGACGGUGACCCAUUUGGCGCCGGCGGUGGCAGCGAACACUGGUCUUUCCACAUGGGCAACCUGAUGGAGAUGCGUUACGUGGAAAUGCGUGGCUUAUCAAUGACACCCGCGGAAAGACAAGCUGCAGUUGACGAGUUUGACAUGAACAAAGAUUCUCUUGGACCCUGUUUCGAGGAAAAUGUCUUCGAAUGCAGACACCUCGGCAUGACCUUUGGAUAUGAGGACCUAUGUCACACAUUCAAACAAGGUCAUCGCAACGUGUUCCGACUUGCAGAAAAGCAAAUCGAGCGGAUCUCAAAGUUCAAGACAGGCAAGACUGUGGUUAUCGCCGGAGGAACGGCCAAGCACGAGGCCGUGAAACAAAAGUUGCGUCAGUUAUGCGAGAAAUACGGAAUGCCACCGCCACGCUUCGUUGCUGAGAUGGGAGUAUCGUAUAGUUCUGUGAAGAUUGCGCAGGGUGCAGCUUACGCCGCGUCCACAGACUUGGACCUCGAGACCUUCAUCCAGCAGGGAGCCGCUUUCGGCAUUCAAAGGAAAGCAGUACCAACAUACACAGGCAAGGGCGCGGACAAAGCACGGGACUGGGAAAAGCUUUCCCCGGUACUGUUUAGCAAGGACAAGAAAGGCGCCUUGGAUCUUGACUUUGCGACUGGUCGCGAUGAGUUUAAGCUCGUUUGCGAUCCUUUCUUCACCGUGCAGGAGCGUAUGCAAAGGCCAGACGAGCUAUCGGGCGACAGAUGCUAUGAUGUCCUAGAACUGGGAAAGCUGAAGAGAGGGAACUGGACCGUCGCAAUGUCUCAGACACAAGCACUCGGCUUCGAGUCUUGUGUGACUCUCCAAUCACAAUGGUCAAAUUGUAAGCCACGGAGAGGCGGAUUGAAACAAAGGGGCUCGGAGGAACCAUUCUUGGACGAUUCUGGCUAUACAUCAUGGCCCCUGAAGAUGGUCUACGACUGCGGCGCAAGAUGCUUCUUCUUCGAGUCAAAUUUGGACGACACGCUCGACAUCGAGAGUUUCCUCAGCGGAGCGUCUCUGCAGGACGAAGAACCAGAUACCACCUCAAUGCAAAGACAACAGCAUACACAAACCCCGCAGGCGCCGGCGCAGGACGACGAGACGAAUGGCAUUUCAGCGCAAGGGGAGAGGGUUCGGAAGAUAUUUGCAUCUUUGACGACGAAGCUAGAAUGUUGCAUCGAAGAGGAUUUCCCGUUCAAUCCUAACAACUGGAGCUGGCUUAAGUACGGAAAAUCUCACGGCGAAACGAAGGACGGCACAUCGCAAGGCAUUGUUUCGGCCAUAGACUAUGCUAGGCGUUUGGGAUUUGUCUUGGAAAAGAGACCACCGGAAGAACACCGCAGCUCUAUCGGAGACGAGCAAGAUGUACUGAGGCAGUUGGAGUCCGAAUUUGUCGCCCAACAAGAGAUCGAGACCUACGAGGACUUCGGCAAAGCCGAACGAGAUAUUGAAGCAACACCAGCGUCUUUCUACGGCGCCGGACCCCCGAGCAACGGCGAUUACCAGGACGAAAUGGCGAGCGAUGACGAUUUAGGGGAUGAACCGGCGAGCCAAAACUUUUUCAUGAACAGAGACCUCCUUACCACAGCUCAGGACGCCAUGUCCCGCAUGAGAGGGUCAUCUUUCGAGACAAGACCGAACCAGGAGGACGCCUCAAGGAAUCACUUCGACCCAAGAGCUCGAAGCGAGCCAUCACCAUCAAACAGCGCAAUAUUCAGUUUUGAGGGAGCAUCUGUUGAUGCCGGCCAAACCCCUGUCGAAGUGCCUGCGACCCAUCAACGAAGACCUCCGCCGAGUUCUUUGCACAAGCGUCCCCGUUCAGGGGCAGCCCUGACGCCCAGGAGCAGCCAACAGGCCGAGGCAGAAGCCUCAAAAAGGCGUAGACUUAGAGAGAGGCUGCGCAAGAAGGAUGCAAGUGGGAUAUCGGACUCAGAAGAUGCUUCGGAUUCAGAUGAGUCUUCAGACUCAGAGGCGAGUGGAUGA